GCGGCGGGUGAGACCCGGAGCCGAGCAGCGGGCCGGGUGGGUAGGGCCCGGCGCGGGCCGGCCGCCAGUCUCAGCUCGGUCGGAGGCCAGACUGGGCCUCGGCGCCGAGGGCAGCAUGAAGUGUCUGGUCACGGGCGGCAACGUGAAGGUGCUCGGCAAGGCCGUCCAUUCCCUGUCCCGCAUCGGGGACGAGCUCUACCUGGAGCCCCUGGAAGACGGGCUCUCUCUCCGGACGGUGAACUCCUCUCGCUCUGCCUAUGCCUGCUUCCUCUUUGCCCCCCUCUUCUUCCAGCAGUACCAGGCGGCCGCCCCUGGUCAGGAAGCCCUGCGCUGUAAGAUCUUGAUGAAGUCGUUCCUGGCCGUCUUCCGCUCACUGGCGACGGUGGAGAGGAGCGUGGAGAAAUGCUGCAUCUCACUGGGUGGCAGGAGCAGCCGCCUGGUGGUCCAGCUGCACUGCAAAUACGGGGUGAGGAAGACUCACAACCUGUCCUUCCAGGACUGCGAGUCCCUGCAGGCCGUCUUUGACCCAGCCUUGUGCUCGAAUGUGCUCCGUGCCCCAGCACGGGUCCUGGGGGAGGCUGUUCUGCCCUUCCCCCCGGCGCUGGCAGAAGUGACACUGGGCAUUGGCUGUGGCCGCAGGGUCAUCCUGCGCAGCUACCAGGAGGAGGAGGAGGCAGACAGCACUGUCAAAGCCAUGGUGACCGAGAUGAGCAUCGGGCAGGAGGAUUUCCAGCAGUUGCAGGCCCAGGAAGGGGUGGCCAUCACUUUCUGCCUCAAGGAAUUCCGGGUGAGGUUUCCCCCAGUACACUCCCCACCCCGUCCUCCCUGCCCUGCCCGGGGCCUCACUGCUCUGCUUCUCCCUUCCCAGGGACUCCUGAGCUUUGCGGAAUCCGCAAACUUGUCUCUCAGCGUUUACUUCGAUGCACCAGGCAGGCCAGCCAUCUUUGCCGUCAGUGACUCUCUGCUGGACGGACACUUUGUCCUGGCCACGCUGUCGGAGUCGGACCUGCACUCCCCAGCCCUGUGCUCCCCAGAGCUCCGCAGGCUGGCGCCUCCACUCCAGGCUCACAGCACACCCCACCUGGAUGACUUUGCCAACGAUGACAUUGACUCUUACAUGAUUGCCAUGGAAACCACUGCGGACAGCGAGGGCUCCCGGGCGGUACCCUCCAUCUCCCUUUUUCCCGGCCUCCGGCCCCCCUGUAGCCCUGGCCCUUACUCAGAGGACAAUGAAGCUGAGGCCGGUACACAGCCUGAGACUCCCCCACCCAAGAAGUUCCGCUCGCUGUUCUUUGGCUCCAUCCUCGCCCCUGCACACUCCCCUCCGGGCCCCAGCCCUGUGCUGGCUGAAGAUAGUGAGGGUGAAGGCUGAACUGAGAACAAGCCUGUGUCCAGAGGCUCUGGACUAGAUGAAGCCACAGCCUCCCCCUUCCCCCAGGGGCAGCCCAGAGAUAGGGCUGAUCUCCACCCUGCUGGGUGGUCAAGGUGGGCUGUGCUGGAGCUGAGCGCUGGUCUUGCUGCCACCCCAGGUCCCUCGUGGCUAUCUGUGACUAGCCUGGGUCCUAUGUUCUCUCAUCAACUCCCAACCAAUCAUGUCUGUCCGCAGGCUUGGCAGUGAGCCACCACCUGAUGGGAGGUCCCUCACCCAUUAUUCCCCUCCCAGUAGGCCUUUAGGCCAGACUCCAACCAUGUGGCUAGGGCUGGACACCUGCUUUCCCCAAGCGUACCUCCCUAAGACAGAAAUCACAGAGGGGCUGUUGGCCCCUGCUGGUCUACCUUCUUUGCCAAUCAUGACCUGUCCCUCCCCCAAAUCCUGGGCACACCUCUGGGAUCCCUUGUGGCCCACAAACUUUUUCUUGUUUUCUCUAUGCUGUCUGGCCCUGGCUUGGGAUUCUAAGCUCCUGUGUACCUGAGCCUGUGGCUGGGAUUACCCUGGCUGGGUCCCCAUGCCCAGCAAGCCUAUUCUCCCAAGUGGCCCUGGACAGAAGGGCUGCCAGGCCCAGUAUUUGGGACAAGGGAGACGGAGGCCAUGGCGAGAAUCCAGCUUUGACCUUUAUUCAAGAGACCAGAUGGGUCGCCCCAGGAUCUGUCUGCCAGCCCUGAGGCCAAGCAAGGCUGGAAACCCACAUCUGGCCCUGCUUUGCCCUGAGCUGCAGCCUCGGCCCCAGGAUCCUGCUUGCGACCACUGCAGGUGCAGGCGGAAGGAGCCCUGGGGGACUGGACGCUGCUAUUGAUUCAUUAAAAAAAAAAAGAAAAACA